UCAGGUAUAUUCAUAAAUUAAUUGAUCAAAAAUAGCAUAAGGUGUGAGUUAAACGACAGUGAAUGGCACCAGCUCAGUGAUUAGAUAUCUCGCUCGAGUCUGAUCCGUGUUAGUGCGCGCUCACGUGCACGUGCAGCGGUCUUAGAGCAGUGACGCGCGCUUUAUUAUGGGGACAGAGAAACACACACAGUCACAGGUUGUGCAUUUGCAAUUGGUUAAACUUCACAGCAGAGCAAAGCAGUGUGUUUUGGGAUGGUAUGCUUUAUGUUGGCGAAGAAACUUGCACUACGUUGGAUUGAACAUAGCAGUUUGUUGCAUGUCAAUAUAAGGCUUGGGGCUGUAACUAUACAAGGAUGAAAAGGGGACGAUCAAAGUGUGAGAGCUUCACCCCCUCAGAGGACAGAAACAAGAGGCACAGGAAUGUCAUGCCGACGUUCGUCCAAACCUCACAGACACCCACUGAGGAGAUGUGGGGCAAUCUUCCGCACCACGUGGUCCUGCACAUAUUCCAGUACCUGUCUCUGGUGGACCGGGCUCGAGCGUCUUCUGUGUGCCGCCGGUGGAACGACGUCUUUCACAUCCCAGAUCUUUGGAGGAAAUUUGAAUUUGAGCUGAACCAGCCAGCUACGUCUUACCUGAGGUCCACACACCCAGAUCUCAUCCAGCAGAUCAUCAAAAGACAUGCUCAGCACCUGCAGUACGUCAGCUUCAAGGUUGACAGCUGCACAGAGUCUGCGGAAGCGGCCUGCGACAUCCUCUCACAGCUGGUGAACUGCACCAUUAAGACAUUGGGUCUGAUUUCCACAGCUCGACCCAGCUUCAUGAAUGUGUCUCAGUCACACUUUGUCUCAGCCCUGACGGUGGUGUUUGUGAAUUCCAAGUCCCUAUCCUCUAUAAAAAUUGAUGACACACCGGUUGAUGACCCUUCCCUGAAGGUACUGGUCGCCAACAACAGUGACACGCUCAAGCUGCUGAAGAUGAGUAGCUGUCCUCAUGUAUCUCCGGCAGGCAUCCUGUGUGUAGCCGAUCAGUGUCACGGCCUGCGCGAACUGGCUCUGAACUACCACCUGCUGAGCGACGAGCUUCUGCUGGCCCUGUCCUCCGAGAAGCACGUCCACCUGGAGCACCUGCGCAUCGACGUGGUGAGCGAGAACCCGGGCCAAACCCAGUUCCACAGCAUCAAGAAGAGCAGCUGGGACGCCCUCAUCCGCCACUCGCCCCAGGUCAACAUCGUCAUGAACUUUUUCCUGAACGAGGAGGAGUUCGAGCCCUUCUUCCGCGAGGAGACGCCCGUCACGCAUCUGUACUUCGGUCGGGUGGUCAGUAAAGACAUGCUGGGCCGCAUCGGCCUGAACUGCCCGCGCCUCGUGGAGCUGGUGGUGUGCGCCAAUGGGCUCGAGCCGCUGGACGAAGAGCUGAUCCGUAUCGCCGAGCGCUGCAGGAGCCUGACGGCCAUCGGCCUGGGCGAGUGUGAGGUCACCUGCAGCGGCUUAAUGGAGUUCGUGAAGAUAUGCGGCGGCCGCUUGAGCCAGCUGUCCAUCAUGGAGGAGGUGCUCAUCCCUGACAACACGUACAACAUCGAGCAGAUCCACAGCGAGGUCUCCAAACAUUUGGGCCGGAUUUGGUUUCCUGAUAUGAUGCCCACAUGGUAGAUGCAUCAAAGCACUUAGAAAUCCACUCUAGUCUACCUAUGUAAACAAGCGGUCUGCAUUUGGCAGCCAUUAGACAGAACCGGGUAAUUAAAAUUUAGCAUUGGGAAACAGAACAUCUGGAUCAUUAGUGUGGAAGAGCUGCUGUAGUAGAAACAUGACUUGCUAUUGGAUCUCAGAGAUGGGAUUUGAAUGUAAAGUGUUUACAGUUCCACACAAGUGCGCACACGUGAAACCAGUUCUUUAUGUAAAAUUCACUGGGCCUCAGGGACUUGCUAACCUUUCUUCUAUAGCCUAACCAGAAUACAGCUUCUAGCUGUAGAAAAAAGAGAAGAAUUUUCUCAGUGACAGAUCUUAACAAGUCAUUUGGUAACACUACUUACUAUAAGGUUUAAUUUGUUAAAGGGAUAAUUCACCCAAAAAUGAAAAUUAUCCCAUGAUUUACUCACCCUCAAACCAUCCUAGGUGACUUUCUUCUCUCAGAUGAACACAAUCAAAGUUAUGUUAAAAAAUA